AUGCUUCUUCAGGCUCGUAAAGAGCUUUCAAUCUGCGGUGACAUCCAAGAAAGUGAUGUUUUUUUCUACUAUACAACAACCGGAUGGAUGAUGUGGAAUUUCCUCGUCAGUGCUUUGCCGAUUGGAUGUACCUUGGUACUAUAUGACGGGAGUCCUCUAAGAGACCCUGCUUAUCUUUGGAACUUAGUCGACGAGCUCGGAAUCAGUAUAUUUGGAACGAGCGCGAAGUACAUCGAUACAUUAUCGAGAAAGUAUAAGCCUCGUGAACACCACUCUUUAAAAACUCUCCGUCAUAUCUAUUCUACUGGCUCCCCCCUAGCUCCUCAGUUGUAUGACUAUGCCUAUCAACACAUCCGUCCUAACAUCUUGUUAGGCUCAAUAACAGGCGGCACCGAUAUUUGUUCCUUAUUUGCGGGGAUGUGUACUGCGCUCCCCGUUUAUCGCGGCGAAUUACAAUGCCGGAUGUUGGGAAUGGCGAUUGAAAGCUUCGACGCCACUGGGAAGGUUUGCCCACCUAAUCAGUCCGGAGAGUUGGUCUGUGUCAAACCCUUCCCUUGCAUGCCAGCUGGAUUUUGGCCAUUGCCGGGAUUCGGGACGGAAGGUGCUGUUAAGGUUGCGUGCGAACGAUUCUACCAGGCAUAUUUUACUGAAUAUCAGGGUAUUUGGUACCACGGAGACCAUAUCCUGAUCACAGAGUCUAAAGGAGGAAACGGUGGAGGGGUUGUAAUGUUGGGUCGGUCAGAUGGUGUUUUGAAUCCGGGAGGAGUACGUUUCGGAAGUGCCGAACUAUACGACGUCGUCGAGCACCGUUUCGGACAGGAUAUCCAAGAUUGCCUCGCUGUAGGCCAAAGCAUCAUGGGCGGAACGGAUGAACGAGUUCUGUUAUUUGUGAAGUUACAUAACGGCGACGAAUUGUCGGAAACACUUGUGAAACAGAUCAAGGCCGAGAUAAGGGCGAAAAGAAGCCCCAGGCAUGUUCCAUCAAAGAUCAUACAAGUGAACGAUAUUCCUUAUACACUGAACGGCAAGCGUGUCGAGGUUCCGGUGAAGAAACUCAUCAAUGGGGCACCUUUGUCGAGUAUUAACGCCGCGACUUUGUCCAAUCCUAACUCCCUUCUGGUGUAUGUCGAUUUGGGAGUCGCGCUUCGUGCAGAAGUGGAGAGCACUGCGGUUGUGAAUGGGAAAGCUUGA